AAGCGAACAGAGAACGGCCUGAGAGGUGCAAAAUAUGGCUGACCGAGAAAAUAAUACCAUUGUACUGAGUUGUUACAAUUAACUCAAUUAAAACGUACAGCUCUCCAGGGUCACUAAGGCUUUCACCCGAGACGUUCAACCGCUACAGGAAAAGUGUCCUGGCUGAAGGUCGCCCGCUGUCCGCGUCGUCGUCGGACAGGGAGCUCGCGAAAGGCACAAUUAAUAUCCUAAGAAUGGAGUGCACCUGAUACACCACACCAGCGCUCGGCUAACAAAUAAAUCAACAUGCCCGUCGAAGUCCAACCGGAACAGGCCGGGGGCAACCGGAGCAAUCCGCCCCUGGGAGCUGCGGUUGGCGCCAACAUUCGCACGGCCAGGAACAUUAACAACAACAACAAUAAUCAGAACCCUUUGUUCAACAUGCGAGAUCGACUGUUCCAUGCCCUUUUCUUCAAGGCCGCCCUUGCGUAUGCAAGAACCUUUCCCAGGCCUGUCAGAAGACUAAUCGAGUUCCUCUUUCUCAUCAAAGCUCUGCUUGCCUUUUUUGUGUUGGCUUACAUCCACAUAGUCUUCUCGAGAAAUCCAUCAAAUUGUUUAGCUCACGUGCAAAAUGACUGGCCAAGAGACGGCAUACUCCGAGUGGAGAUAAAACGUCCUGGAUCCCAGCCAGGUUUCACACUGCAGGAGGUGCCUGGUGGAAUCGAAAUAUCCACCGUGACACCAGUUCCUGCUGAAUCCUCAUCAACGCCAUUCCAGUCUGAGAGCAAGACCUUUCAAAAAGUGGCUGUAGAAGACUCAUGGUCAAUUAUGAGACUGCUGUCUACUGAAGAUAAAAUCGAGCCUUCCAUAGUGGAGGAUGUGAAGGAGAGUCCUCCUCCUGAGGGAGAGUCUAUUAGACAAGAAGACAACCUUACCGAGUCAACAAGAAUAGAGUCAGACGAGCUUUUGCCAAUAAAGCCAAGCGGCAUUGAGGAACUGAGGCUUUUCAAGCAAGAUGAAAAUAUACUUUCAAGCACUAAGAAGCACCCUGGAAAAGUACCUGAACUUAACUCUCCCCACAAAGAAUCGGAAAAAGUGAUGGGUAAUCCCAUAUCAGAUAGAAACAUUUUAGAAGAGGAUGUAGAUAUAGCUACUUACGUGCCAAGCGUGAAUGAAACGUUGGCUUCUGCAGUUUCGAGUGAAGACCAAGAGAGUAGAAUGAUUGCUCCACUACUUGAACCCUCCUCAGAUGUUGAAAAGAUAGUUAGAGCUGUGUUGCCAGAAGAUGAGUAUGUCGUGGAGUACGCGCUGGAAUACGGAUUCCUGCGCCUCUCGUCAGCCGUGCGACAGAAGCUGGGCAUCCCAGUCAAGGUGGUUGUUCUGGACACUGUGGAGAAUCCAUGUUUCGGCGAUGCUUUCAGCCGAUUUCUGCUGGACCAAUUUUUAGGAUAUGAUGAGAUGCUCAUGUCAAGCAUCAAAAUGGUGGCUGAGCAGGAAGACAACAAAGGUUUCCUCAGGAAUGUCGUCACUGGGGAACACUACAGAUUUGUGUCUAUGUGGAUGGCCCGAACAUCUUACGUAGCUGCCUUCCUUGUCAUGAUGGUGUUUACGGUGACUGUUUCCAUGUUGCUCAGGUACUCGCACCACCAGAUUUUCGUCUUCAUUGUGGACCUUCUGCAAAUGCUUGAGUUCAACGUUACCAUUGCGUUUCCAGCGGCGCCGUUGCUGACCGUCAUCCUCGCUCUUGUCGGAAUGGAAGCAAUAAUGUCCGAGUUCUUCAGCGACACAACGACCGCCUUUUACGUGAUCCUGAUCGUGUGGAUGGCCGACCAAUACGACGCAAUCUGCUGCCACACACCGGUCACCAAGCGAUACUGGCUCAGAUUUUUCUACUUGUACCACUUUUCGUUUUACGCCUACCACUAUCGCUUCAACGCUCAGUACAGCGGGUUGGCGCUCGUCACUUCCUGGCUCUUCAUCCAGCACUCGAUGGUAUACUUCUUCCACCACUACGAGCUGCCGCUGAUCCUGCAGCAGGCGCAGUUGCAGCACAUUCUGCUGAGGAACGCGGGCAACAUUGGCGGGGCCGAGGCGCCGCACCCACCGCCAAGGGUCCCCGAGCCCGACACCGAGGAGGAAGAAGAUGACGAGGAAGAGGAGCCGAGCAACACGGAGGACAGCGUCAGCACGGUGGACGACAGUGGACAGGCGGCCAGGACCGAGUGAUCCGUGCGUCGCCGCCUGUCGAGAUUGCAAACGCUGCGUGUUUUUGUGAUAAGUGUGCGAUUGGACGCCUCCGUUUUGUUUGCUGUUAUUUUGUAAAUAGCCGGUACAUUAAUUGUUGAUCGAAAUAAUUAUCAAUGAGACGACGGCCACGUGAUUUCUUCCUGUGAGGAAGAAUUCUUCGUGUGCGUCCGACUUGAGUCAAAAUCAUUUUGUCACUUCUUCCGCAGUAGCCGUCGCCGGAGCAGACCCGAGAUUUUAAUUUUGUAGAACUUAAAAUGACCACAUCAUCCCAUUUAAGGUGCAAUAUUUCUAUACUUAAUUUUAAGAUUUACGGCAGUAUUCUGCUCAACCACAGAUACAAAUAUUCCUCACUAAUAAUUUUACCUUUCACUUACGUAACGAUUUUUAAAGGAAAUUGUAACACGGAAGAAAGGUCUGCUCUAAUUUUUUUUCAAUCAGGGCUCUGAAGGCGUAAUUCGGAUUUGUCAGCUGUCUUUAUUUAAGAUUCUCCGCGUAUUAUGUUAUUGAAGAGUGCAAUUUUCAACCCAAAGUGUUGCGGCUCACCAGUUUCGCGUUAGACGCGACGAUCAAAGCACGUAGACUUCCUGCAAACCCAUUUUAAGUACCUUGAUUUAUUCAGUCGACGCGACCCACUUAAAAUAGAAGCAAGUUGUGAACUUUGUUGCCUGUAACAAAGACGUUUCUGCUAUCCGUUACAAUCAGACUGAAAGAAAUAAAGAGAUGAUGCUGAAAUACUUCGAAAACGUCUGUUUAGUUGUUGAUUUUAUUGUUACUUUUUUGUUUCUGCUGUUAUGUAUAGCAAAUAAUGUUCAUUAUUUUAUGCAAACCAGGAUCCAUUGAAGAACAGCCACGUUGGAGAUGCCGAUGAAAUUUUCGAGUUUAAAUUUAUCUCUGUGAUUGUCUUUGUCAUUAAGAAUUUUUGAAAUAUUAGGAUAAGCAAGCCCACAAAAACAAA